CUGGCUCUCCACCUGCAUACGAUUACCUUCUACAGGAUUGUGACAAGACACACUGCUCACAUUUCUCCAUUUGGCGUGUUUUUUGUUUCUCUUGGAAAAUGUGUUCUGGGGGAUGUGCGAAAUGCCUGGGCAUUGUCCUAAUUCCUCUAGCCAUUUUGUGCACAGUGGCUAAUAUCAUGUUGUUUUUCCCUGGAGGCUAUAUUCCUUCAGACAAAGUACAAAUUACAGAUGAAGUCUGGUAUUUUGGUGGAAUAUUGGGGUCUGGAGUUCUGAUGAUUUUUCCAGCACUUGUAUUUCUUGGUCUAAAAAAUAAUGACUGCUGUGGCUGCUGUGGCAAUGAGAGUUGUGGGAAGAGAUUUGCAAUGUUUUCAUCUAUUCUAUUUGCCGCCAUUGGAUUUGCAGGAGCUGGUUACUGCUUUGUUAUUUCAGCAGUUGCUAUACAUAAGGGACCUAAGUGUCCCACAUUUCUAGGAUGGGAUUAUAUAUUUCAGGAUGGAUCUUACCUGGAGAACCACAACCUAUGGAAUUUAUGCCAACCUACUUCUAUUGUCCCAUGGCACCUGACCCUCUUCUGCUUGCUCCUGAUAAUGAGUGGAGUUCAAGCUGUGCUCUGUGCUAUCCAGGCCAUUAAUGGGCUCAUCGGAACAAUCUGUGGAGACUGCAAGUGCUGUGGGUGUUGUGGGGGUAAUGGAACUGUUUAACCCUAGCCUGAGAAGAAAGAAGAUCCUACUAGAAUCAUUUGUUCAUGUCUGGACUAGAGUAUCUUUAACAACCAUGAAAUGAAUUUGUGGAGGAAACUCAAAGAUGAAGAACAUUUCUGAACAGUUUCUGAUAAGACCUUUUAUAGAGCACCCCAAAUACAAUUACAUCUUCCAGUCUUCGGUUUGAGUUGAUUAAACAAAAUUGUAAAAUAAUUAUGAAUACACACAGACUUCAUAACUAUAACAUGAUAAAAAUAUAAUAUUUUUCAGCAAUGCUGCUUUGGGAAUGGAACAUUAUAUUUAUUUUUUUGUGUUUUUAAAGUCAUGGAAAAUGAUGGUUGUUUACACACUAAAUGACAAGCUAUGUGGAUUUGAGGACUUCCAGUUUGCGAAAGGUAGAAAAAAAUAAGCUAGCUGAAAAACAUCUAAAAUUAAAAUUCUAUUUCAGUCUAAA